AUGCAAACCUCCCUUGUUGCAUUUCUAUCACCACCAUCAUCACGGUUUGUCCCCAGUCAUGAGAUAAACAUAAGACACAUUACACUAUUUCACAGGAUCUCAUACUCUCCACAUGUUCGACACGUAAAUCUGCUUGAAAGUAGUGCUUUGUUGCUCCACCAUGUAAAUCAAGACCCUGGCAAUCGAGGCGACGAUAAUCUUAACGAUGGUCAAAGUGAUGCAAACGGCGGUCAUAACAAAACAAGCAAGAUUGCGGAAGCCGCGCGAGCUGAUGCUAAUGCAGAUGAAUACGAGGAAUACUAUUCGUAUGAAGACCAUGUUAGAGCCAACCAGGAGAGAUCAGGCAAGCUAAAAAAGCUGGACGUUUUAAAUUCAUCGUCCCUCAGCUCGUUUGAUCACGACUUCUCAGAUAUGGUUAUGAACAGCUAUCUAGCUAUGUCACAUACUGAAAUGAAACGUCGUCGAGUCAUUUAUCACUUGCACCAUGUUGAUUUUCAUUGUAUCUGGCUGAAACACAAAGCUCGCUCUGUCUCACUAGGAUUGUCAAUCACUCUCAACGCCACUUCCUCGAGCCCACAAAUCAGACACAAUACACUGGACAAUACUAGUGCUACUUUCGGCAUUCCGGUGGCCAUGAAAGCCAAUAUUGUAAUCCUUAGUUAA